AUGUCAUUGAAGAAACCAUUUAAAUGUAUGGAGUGUGGAAAAAUAUUUGCUAAUUCUAGAAGCCAUAGAACACAUCAACGGAUUCACACAGGAGAAAAACCAUUUAAAUGUAUGGAGUGUGGAAAAACAUUUGCUAACUCUAGAAGCCAUAGAACACAUCAACGGAUUCACACAGGAGAAAAACCAUUUAAAUGUAUGGAGUGUGGAAAAACAUUUGCUAAUUCUGGAAGCCGUAGAACACAUCAACGGAUUCACACAGGAGAAAAACCAUUUAAAUGUAUGGAGUGCGGAAAGAGCUUCAGUCAGAGUGGAAACUUUGCAAAACACCAACUCAUUCACACAGGCGAGAAACCUUUUAAAUGUUUGGAGUGCGGAAAGUGCUUCAUUGAUCGUACAUUCUUUAGUUCACAUCAAAGAAUUCACACAGGGGAGAAGCCAUUCAAAUGUAUGGAGUGCGGAAAAUGUUUCAGGUGGAAGUAUUACCUUACUACACACCAGCGAACUCACUCAGGGGAGAAGCUAUUUGAAUGUAUGGAGUGUGGAAAGUGUUUCAGGUUGAAGCAAUACCUUACUACACACCAGCGAACUCACACAGGGGAGAAACCCUUUAAAUGUAUGGAGUGCGGAAAGACUUUCACUGAUAGUGGAACCCAUGCAAAACACAAACGAACUCACACAGGGGAGAAGCUAUUUGAAUGUAUGGAGUGUGGAAGGAGUUUCAGGUGGAAGCAACGCCUUACUUUACACCAGCGAACUCACACAGGGGAGAAACCAUAUGGAUGCAUGGAGUGUGGAAAAUGUUUCAGGUGGAAGCAAGACCUUACUACACACCAGCGAAUUCACACAGGGGAGAAGCCAUUUAAAUGCAUGGAGUGCGGGAAGACUUUCGCAGAUAGUGGAUCUUAUGCCAAACAUCUACGAAUUCACACAGGGGAGAAGCCAUUUAAGUGUAUGGAGUGUGGAAAGACUUCCUCAGAUAGUGUAUCCCAUACACAACAUCUACGAAUUCACACAGGAGAAAAACCAUUUAAAUGUAAUGAGUGUGGAAGGUGCUUCAAUCAAGGUGGAAACCUUAAAAAACACCUACAAAUUCACACAAGGGAUAAACCAUUUAAAUGUGUGGAGUGCGGGAAGACUUCCGCAGAUAAAGGAUCCCACAUAAAACAUCUACGAAUUCACACAGGAGAAAAACCAUUUACAUGUACGGAGUGCGGAAACUGCUUCAGUCACAGUGGAAACCUUAAAAACCAUCUACGAAUUCACACAGGGGAGAAAUCAUUUAAAUGUAUGGAGUGUGGGAAGAUCUUCAGUCAAAGAGGAAGACUUAGAAAACAUCAACAAACUCACACAGGAUGA